CUUCCGGGGUCACUAUCACUACAUCCUCCUAAUACGUGUUAGCACGAAAAUGGCCGCAGACAAGCAAAGUGAGAUUAAAACAUCGAGGAUGGAUGAAAAUAAGGAGAAAUCUGUGGAUGCAGGCCUUGGACUGGAAAUUCUCCAGAUCAUCAAGGAAUCACAGCAACAACAUGGGUUGAGACAUGGAGAUUAUCAGCGAUACAGAGGCUACUGCUCGCGCCGCAUGCGUCGCCUGCGGAAAACUCUUGGUUUCAGAAUGGGCAACAGACACAAGUUCACAGGGAAGAAAGUGACGGUGGAGAUGCUGUCUGACAGCAGGUACCUGCUGGUGGUGCUGAUGGAGGCGGAGCGGGCGUGGAGCUACGCCAUGCAGCUGAAGCAGGAGGCCAACACUGAGCCGCGCAAGCGCUUCCACCUGCUGGCCCGCCUGCGUAAGGCCGCCAAGCACGGCGAGCACCUGGAGCGCCUGUGCGAGAGCCCACGCGUGGACGCCAAGACCAAGCUGGAGGCCCAGGCCUACACUGCAUACCUGACAGGAAUGGUCCAGUUUGAGCUGCAGGAGUGGAAAGCUGCGAUGGAGGCCUUCAACAAGUGCAAAACCAUUUAUGAGAAGCUGGCCAGUGCCUUCACUGACGAGCAGGCGGGGCUCUACUACCAGAGAGUGGAGGAGAUCUCUCCCAACCUCCGCUACUGUGCUUACAACAUCGGUGACCAGAACGCCAUCAAUGACCUGAUGCAGAUGAGGCUGAGUGCGGGAGGGAGUGGGGGCAUGAUGGCCGAGAAGCUGGAGACACUAAUCACCCAGACGAGGGCCAAGCAGGCCGCCACCAUGAGCGAGGUGGAGUGGCGAGGCCGCACCGUGCCCGUCAAGAUCGACAAGGUGCGCAUCUUCCUCCUGGGUCUGGCCGACAACGAGGCAGCCAUCGCUCAGGCUGCCAAUGAGGAGACUAAGGAGCGGCUCUACGAGACUCUGCUGGCAGAGUGCAGGGACACCAUCCAGGCCGUCCGGGAGGAGAUCAGGAUGGACGUGAAAGCCAGAGAGAGGGCCUCGGACACAGAAGGAGGCAAGGUCUCUAACCUGCAGUACCUGCACAGCUACCUGACCUACAUCAAGCUGUGGACGGUGGUGAAGCGUAACGAGAGCAUGGCCCACACGCUGCAGGCCAAGCUCAAGGAGCCGCAGACGGACGAGAACAAGAGGGGGCCGCGACCCCAGGACCUCAUCCGCCUCUACGACAUCAUCCUGCAGAGUCUGGCAGAACUGUCUGCCCUUCAGGGAAUGGAGGAGGGCCACACUUUCCAGAAGGAGGUGGCCCUGAAGACCCUGGUGUACAAGGCCUACAGGUGUUUCUUCAUAGCCCAGUCCUACGUGCUGGUGAAGAAGUGGAGCGAGGCCCUGGUUCUGUACGAGCGAGUUCUGAAAUACGCCAGAGAGGUCCAGUCCCAGGCCAAGAACCUGAACAACAGCCUCAAGGACCUCCCGGAUGUCCAAGAACUUAUUGCUGAGGUUAACGCUGAAAAAUACUCCCUCCAGGCGGCGGCCAUCUUGGACAAAGAAGAUGUAGCGGAAACACCCACUCUGCCUCAUGUGAAAGACAACAAGCCCCUCUCCGACCGAUUGGAAGCCUUCCGCCUGGAUCCCACCCUCGUCGGCAAGCAGCCCAAUCUGGUGGAGUUUCCCCCCGACUUCCAGCCAAUCCCCUGCAAGCCCCUCUUCUUCGACCUGGCGCUCAACCAUGUGGCCUUCCCUCCUCUGGACGACAAGGUGGAGCAGAAGGGCAAGGGCGGCCUGACCGGAUACAUCAAGGGCAUCUUUGGCUUCGGCAGCUAAGUUUGCGGCGCAGGCCUCUGGUGGUCGAGCACCGGCUUCCUCCAGUCUCUGAGUUUCCGGCUGAGUUCCGCCACGUACAUCUCAGAUUCUAGAGACUUCCGUGCCUGGUGUUCCUUUUGCUCAUGCAGCACACCCAGACACCUCCCUCACAACACAACGUGUACUCACACACACACACACACACACACAGAUGCAUAUAAAUGUUCCCUAUUGCUUCUCUCUCCAUUUCGUUCUUUUUCUCUCUCUGGU